UUGCCAUUCACUGUGAAUGUCAACAAUUAUACAUUGAAUUAACAGAGUUUCGCCGCACUUAACAGUGUUGCAAAGCACGACAUGGCGAGUUUGGAAUGGUUCUGUGCACCUCGUUGCUAUCAUGUUGUUAAAAACUACUUACAUGGCCAAGCAACGCAGGAGCAUCCGCUUAAGCAGCAAACCGUUAACGUCACGGUAGCGGAGAAUAAUCCGCUGAGCUUGGCCUUGGCGCUCGAGGGCACUGACCCACUGUCUAAGUUUGCACGCCAGGACCAGGAGCUUAAUGAUCCGCUUACCCAAAUGUCUACUCAAUUUUCUAAACGUGGUAAUAUUAACGAGCCGGAAGAUAACACCCUUAAUUGGAGCACACGACGCCUAGGCAUAUUAAACCGCUUUACUACCAAUGAGAAGCUAUCUCUUUCUACCAGUUUUUUAUGCACCAGCAGCGCCGAAGGCGGAGGUGACAACUUCAAAGCUCAGACGGUAGUGGCUGACAAGGUGAAGUAUCGGCUGGAGCAACUGGAUAAUUUCGACGAUGGGAGCAUGCGGCACAUGAUGGACCUCACUCAGCAGGAGUACAUACAGCGCUUCGAUCAGCUAAAACAGGAGCUCAUUCAGUCGUGGCACAACGAUCAGCGCGUCAAGGCUCUGAAGAUAGCUAUUCAGUGUGCAAAGAUGCUGUCGGACACAAGUGUGUUGCAGUUCUAUCCCAGCCAGUAUAUACUUAUCACGGAUAUCUUGGACGUCUUUGGAAAGCUAGUCUACGAGCGUUUGCGUAUAAAAGCGGAGGGUGCACCAGGUGCAUCGGCUGCUGUGCUACAAAGAGAGCGCGAAGCUGCACGCGAUACCUGCCAAAAUUGGUUCUAUAAGAUUGCCUCUAUACGUGAGCUACUGCCGCGACUCUAUCUGGAAAUGGCCAUUUUCAAAUGCUACGGGUUGCUUGCUGCCACACAGAAAGAAGUAGAGCAAGUGCUGUUGCGCCUUACAAGUCAGUUACGUGGCAUUGCUGAUCCGUUGGUGUCCAGCUAUGCGCGCUGUUACCUUGUGCGCGUCGGAGUGCCGGUUACAUCCAGCAAGGUGUACAUCCGUGACAACUUUACAGAUCUCUUUAUCAUAUAUCCUCAGAUCUUUCGCAUCGUUGCCCGCUACAAUUUGCAUCCAGAGAUAAUAUCAGCCGGUGCCUAUUUACAGCUAUAUUCGCCAGCUUUUGACUAUAUGUUGCAGUGUCUGGUGCACGAAAGCGAACUUAACGCACAGGAAAUGCUCAAAGAAUGCAGACAUCUAAAGAACAACGGCGCUAUUCUUUUGUCUAUAUUGAACUCCUCGAAGGGGGAAUUUGUUGCCGCACAUGCCCAUGAGUUUUUGGAGCUCAUCAACAACUGCGACACACCGGGUAUUUCGAAAUCUCAAUUAUUGCGGCCGCUAGGUAGUUGCGUUAGCAACUGUGCACCUUUGCAGGAGCAGCGCUUGGCUUUCCUCAAUGCAGCCUUUCAAACGAUUAACACACUUACGGAUCCAAAUGAAUAUAUAAACUGUGUAGAAACCUGGACGCCUUUUGUUGCACAAUAUUUCACGAUACACGAAGUGAAUCGUUUGCUUGGAGAACUGAACUCACGAAUGUGCCUGGGUAAAGCAUAUGAGAAGCAUUAUGGCCAGUUGCAAAGCAUUCUAACUAGAAUAAUGCAAAACUAUCGAAACAUUGAGCUGUUGCUGAUACAGCCGCAUUUUUUACCCUAUUUGGAUUUGUUCCACAAGGAGUCAGUGCGGGUGGAGAUGUGCAAGUCAAUACUGAGCUAUUACCGGCAAAAUAGUGAGGAUAGAACUAGUGAUGCUGUUGUCACCAAUGCACUCAUGUAUCUUGGCAAGAUACUCAAUGACUCUGUCAACGCACUUACUGUGGAGGAUGAACGUCGUCAGAUUUCGCAGCUUAUUAACAGUUUCAUAAAUAAAGUGCAUUUUGGAAAAGACUUAGAGCAGCAGCUUAGCUUCUAUGUUGAGGGACGCGGCACCUUUAGCAACUUGGAUGCAGUUUACGUGACCCUUGUGCAUGCCGCCUUGAAGCUAACUAUGUACGCAUCUAAUCGACAAGGCGUCAAAUCGUUGGGUUUCGUUAAAGCCUGCAUAGCUUAUUGCUUUAUAACCAUUCCAAGCAUUACUUCAGUUCAGCAGAAGAUGGAUUUGUAUCUACUGUGUGGUCAACUAGCUUUGCGACAUUUGUGUCUCGGGCAAGCGGAUGCGUGCUUUGAGGCUGCGUUGCAAUUGAUUGACGAACUGCCGGCCUCCACCGUUGACUUCGAAGGCAAACCACGUUGCAUGGAGCGCUACCUGGUCGCGUAUAUAUGCAAUAUGCUAGCCACCCUAAUAGUAGUGCCUGACAGUCCAGAACAGGGCGUCUUGUACUUUCUGCGCCUGCUGCUAGAUAUUGUUGGCAGGAGAAACUUUAAGGCGAAUAGUAGUGCGCCAUCUAUAAUCUACUUACAUGUUUUGGACAUGCUUUAUGUGCAAAGUAUGGAGAGAUUUCCCUAUCACAUCGAUGGCGUGGUUUCCAAUGAUGCACUCUACGGUCACGAUCCCAAGUUCCUAGUGGAGGUUAAUAAUCUGUGUGGACAGGUCGUGGAAUCCAUACUGCUUCAGCUUAAGACUUUGGGGGCAGCUCAACAGCAGCGCACCCAAGCUCAACUCUCAAUGGAGCUGUUUAUGCGUAUAGUGCGCUAUGCAGAUCUAGAAAGGGAACCGCUGUGUCAGCUGGCGGUGAAACUGUGGAUACUCGCUAAUAAGGCACAGGCGCAACUGGACACCGAGACCAUUCCGCAAACGUUGUGCAGCGUGGAGCAUUUCUACAAAUUAGUCAAGGAUUCCUCACCAGUGCGUGCACAAACAAUUGCUAAACUGCUGUUGCGCAUGCGCGACAGUUGAAACGGCUGCCAGCGACAGUUACCCACUGAAAUGAUCAAGUCAGACAAGAAUCGGUGAUUUGUCGCUUAUAACGACUUUAUCUAUGUUGUGCAAUCAGGCUGAAUGAAGACUUAAAUAUUUAUAUAGAUACAAUGUUUGCAAAACGCAUUUGGUUGAGUAACGAACUGAAAAGAAAUGAACUUAAUACUAGCUAGACAGUUUUAUAUGUAGUCAAAAGAAGUCCAUUAAGUUUUUUAAUGCGUUUAUUCAAUUUCGAUUGCUUUAGGCCCGUUUUGCACAGCCCCUAUUUAUUGCAUUCAAGCUGUGCGUUAUGACGUUUACAUGCAGCGCCUUAAAGUGUAUUCAUUGAUUGCAUAAAAAAUGUUUCAAUUAUUACAAUUUGAUCCGCACAAAUUCACAAAAAGUUGCCGCAUGUAAGUGUUGCAUAUUCUAAGGUAUGAAGGUGUAAAAAUAUGAUUUACAUUGUUCCAUUUAUGUAAAAAUUGUUCUUUUUGGUAGUUUAAAACAUUUGAGGCAAUUUGUCGUUUGCUUGUGCAUUUCAAAAAUGGCUAUAUACUAUGGCUGACAAACUCGAAAAAUCAAAUCAACAACUUAAAUAAAAGCUUCACGAAUACCAAGUAAAUAAUAAUAUAUAUAUAUGUGUGUAU